UUUCAAGCGGGAAUGGAAACGGUUGGACAAGAAAACAGCACAAGCUCUAUAGUCUAUCAAAAAUGGCCACAGCUCUUCCUUCAACUGCUUUUUGCCAAACUUCUUUCACUUUCCCUUCUCAGAAUCCAUGCAAAGUUAAGAGUCCAUCUCUCAUAUUCCGUACCAAAAGUCAUGGUCUUAUUCGUUGUUCAGCCAAGAAGAAAAUAAGCUUCGUGGACCAAAUUCUUGAUUACAUUGAAGGGGGGCCCAAGUUAAGGAAAUGGUACGGGGCACCUGAUCUUCUGCCAAAAGAUGGAUCUGAUACGGAAGAUGAAGAUGAAUUGCCAGAAAAGAAUGAAGUCAGAGACGCAGUUCUGGUCACAGAUGGAGAUAGCGAGAUUGGUCAGAUGAUAAUAUUGUCAUUGAUUGUAAAAAAAGCUCGAGUUAAAGCAUUGGUGAAGGAUAAGCGGACUGCCAUGGAAGCUUUUGGAACUUAUGUUGAGUCAAUGGCAGGAGAUGCAAGUAGCAAGCCAUUCCUUAAGAAAGCUCUGAGAGGUGUUCGUGCAAUUAUCUGCCCAAAUGAAGGCUUCCUGUCUAAUGGUGGGGACUUGCAAGGUGUAAAACAUGUAAUCCUCUUGUCCCAGUUAUCUGUAUAUAGAGGUAGCGGUGGCAUACAAGCUCUCAUGAAAAACAAUGCAAGAAAAUUGGCUGAGAAAGAUGAAUCAACGCUCGUAGCCUCGGGAAUUCCUUACACCAUCAUCAGAGUUGGCAUGUUGCAAGAUACACCUGGCGGCACACAAGGUUUCAGCUUUGAAAAGGGUAGUGCAGAGAAGGGGAGUCUUAGCAAAGAGGAUGCUGCCUUCAUCUGUGUGGAAGCUCUUGACGUCGUCCCUCAAAUAGGGUUUACAUUCGAGGCGGUCAACGGAGAAGAGAAGGUUUCAGAUUGGAAAGAGCGUUUAACCAGAUUGAUGGAGAAAUCAGAGCAGCAGCAUCCUUGAUGUUUCUCAAUUCAAGGCAUGUAAACGUGUUCCUAUUUCUUCAUCUGCUCCCUCAGCUUAGAAACCCUGUAUUUUACAAAGAACUGGCCAUGGGUGACCUCUGUUGCCAUGAACAAUUUGAGCAGCUUAAAACUAUCCAUCAAUCCUCAGUCCUUUUACACCA